AUGUCCUUCGAAACCUACAUACAACGCGCAGACGACUACAUCACCAAGCAGAUCCACAAAUUUGAGCAGCAAAAACGCGGAAAUAGAUCACCACCCCGCGCACAGGGAUAUCAUCAGAUGUCUGGAUACCAGCAGCAAGGUCGGCCGCCGUCUCAAGGCGGCUAUCCUAGCAGCCCUGCUCCACAAGACGGUCCACGACCAGCACCCCAAGGCUGGGCACAAGAGUAUGAUGCAAGAAGUCAGCGUUGGUAUUACGUCGAGAGAGCUACAGGGAGAAGCCAAUGGGAACCACCAUCGUUUGCACCGCCACGCGCCGCUACAUUCCAGCCUGACGUCCGCAUGCCCAGUCCAUACCAACGGUUCAACCGGGAAGACGAGCAGAGUCAGCGGUGGCGCGAGCGAUCCAAUUCUCAGCCUCAACGGCCAGGGUCAGGUGUAAGUGGACAUGGUCAGUUCCUGGACCCCAGACAAAAUGCUGCAAUUGGAGGCGGUAGUGCUAGCCCGGCUGGAUUGCACACCCAGUUGCCACCAGGAUCGUAUCUGGAUAUGAAGACUGGCAAGGUCGUUAGUAGUAUGUUCCCAGAGGGCCAGACACAUCAGAGUUGGCAACAGGAGAUACAAAGGAUAUGA